CACGUAGUGGGCGUUUUUGCGGAAGUGUCUGUCCAUGACCUUCCUGACGGAAAGCACGUAUCGUGUUCUCGAGCUGUUCCUGCCUCCUAAAAUGUCUUAGGAUAGGAGAUGACAAAAAAAUUCAAGGUAGACGGCUUCUCUGAUUUUGCACUUUUAGAAAGCCACUUUUCCUGGGAACAAUGGUGAAGUACUACAGUUGUUUGGGCUCUCUGAAAGGCACAUGGGACCAUGUUUCUCAAGCAUUCUGGGAAAGAUACCCAAAUCCUUACAGUAAGCAUGUGUUGACUGAAGACAUCAUCUUUCGUGGGGUGACUCCCGAUAAUUGCCUCAUUUCCCGAAAACUCUUGACCAAAACCAGCCGAGCACCGCACUGGGCAGAAAAGUUUUUGCCCAGCCAAAUGGCACGCAAAGCCUACAUCAUUGAGGACUCUGUAGUGGAUCCUCAGAACAGGACUCUGCACACUUUCACCUGGAAUAUCAGCCACGCAUCAAUCAUGUCUGUGGAGGAGCGCUGUGUGUACACAGUCAGCCCUGAAAACAGCAAUCUAACAGAUGUCAAGAGAGAAGCAUGGAUCUCCUCCAAUCUCUACGGUUUUUCCAGAGCUGUUCAGGAAUUUGGCCUUGCCCGAUUUAAGAGCAGCGUAGUAAAGACCAUGAAAGGAUUCGAAUAUGUCUUGGCCAAAAUGCAAGGUGAAACUCCCACAAGGACACUGGCAGAGACGGCAACAGAGAAAGCUCGAGAGACUGCACUCGCCGCUAAAGAAAAGGCUAAAGGCCUGGCUUCACAAGCACAGAAAAAACAAUAUGUAUGAUGUCGAGACUUUGCAAGCUUGUGCCUCUUUUCCCCUAUUGUACCCAUUCUCUCACUUCUUCAAGUUUUAUCACUAAAGCCCACAUAUUCAGUAUUUUGGUACGAUGCGACUAUGUUCAGUCUCCUAUAUCCUAUUUAGAAUCCUAGUUUUAAGAUAUCCUGUAUAGGCAGGAAACAUACGAAAUCAAAACUGACAUAACUGUAGUGACUGCAGUGUGUAUGCUGUAGUAAUAACAGCGUAUAGGAUCCUUGUUGGUAUCGUCUGUGCUAAGUAUGUGACAGAACGAUUCUAUUACAUAAAACAUGAUCCUUGAAGACUGAGAUGAAUUGAUGUGUGGCUACUACUUGUAUUGUGUAAAAUUUGUCAAGGGCAGUAAAUCAUUCAGGAGUCGCAUCAAAUGUUCUAGUUUUGACCGAAAAAACAAUACAUUACAUUCAUUUUAAUGUCUAUGGCAGAUGAUCUUAUCCAAAGCGCUUUAUUUAUCUAAUUUGUACAAAUGAGCAGUUGUAGUUUAAGGGCCCAGAAGUGGCAGCUUUUUGGGGCUCGUCUUUGUUCAGCUGUGUCCUAGGCUCUUUAUCUUUCUGCUCUUUCUACAUCUCUUUCUGUUUGCUGUAUAUGAUUUCAAUGCUUCAAAUUGAAGUGAUAUGAGAGUUGAUAGGGUCCACAUUACAAAACAGUCAUUGCCUGUGUGUGCUGUACAACAGCAAAAAAAAAACAAAAAUAAACCACAAAGAUAAGAAUGCAGUGAUGGGCAAUGUCUGUGCAAAUGACUUGAAUUUUAUUGUUUAAAAUGCUAUUUACUGGAAAACAAAUCUUGAAAUAUUAAGUACAAACUGUUAAUGUAAAAAUUCAGUAGCAUUUGCUUACUGUCAAUAAAUGUUUUCUAUCUAA